AGAGUGAGCUGGCCCGGCCGUGAAUGACGUCAUGGAGCCGGAGCUCCGCCCACCCUCCGACCGUCCAUCGACGCCUCACGGUGAGCGCCGCUGACAACGUCGUCAACCCCGCGCACUAGGCACCGCCGGCCAUCGCCUCAGGGACCCGGAGCUCCGUCCGCCCGCCCGCCCGGCCAUCGCCUCAACACCUCACGCAAGCCUUGUUAGUGAGGAGCAUGGAUUCUUCCGAAGCGGAGAUUACUGCGCCCACAGCGGACAGUGCUGCCGAGUCUCUCGUAGUAGUGGAAGAGCCGUUCUUCAGUACGUUGGACAUCUUUCUAUUCACUCUUAUUGCUGGAUUUGCAAUCUAUUGGUUUUUCUUCAGAAAGAAAAAAGUUGAAAUCCCUGACUACAAAACAUUACAGCCACAAGCACCAACAAUACGAGAAACCAGCUUCAUUGAAAAAAUGAGGAAAACAGGAAAAAACAUAGUUGUAUUUUAUGGCUCUCAAACAGGAACAGCAGAAGAGUUUGCCAACCGACUCUCGAAAGAUGCGCAACGUUAUGGAAUGAGAGGGAUGGCCACUGAUCCAGAGGAGUACGAUAUGUCAGAAUUAAGUCGACUUACUGAACUAGAAAACUCCUUGGCAGUCUUCUGUAUGGCUACGUAUGGAGAAGGAGAUCCCACUGACAAUGCACAAGACUUUUAUGACUGGAUGCAAGAAACUGAUGCUGAUCUCUCUGGUAUAAAAUAUGCAGUCUUUGGGCUUGGAAAUAAAACGUAUGAACACUUUAAUGCAAUGGGCAAAUACGUAAACAAAAGACUGGAGGAGUUGGGAGCAGAAAGAAUCUUUGAGCUCGGUCUGGGAGAUGAUGAUGGCAACCUGGAAGAGGAUUUCAUCAUGUGGCGGGAGCAGUUCUGGCCAGCAGUGUGCGAGUACUUUGGAGUGGAAGCCACUGGUGAUGAUUCCUGUAUUCGUCAAUAUGAGCUAGUGCUGCAUAAUGACAUCAACAUGAAUAAAAUCUACACAGGAGAAAUGGGACGUCUCAAAGCUUUUGAAAAUCAGAAACCGCCUUUUGAUGCAAAGAACCCAUUUUUGGCACCUGUGACAGAAAAUCGGAAACUGAAUAAAGGAGGAGAACGGCACCUCAUGCACCUGGAGCUGGACAUCAGUGGUUCAAAGAUAAGAUACGAGAGUGGAGAUCAUGUGGCAGCGUUCCCUACAAACGACUCCACCAUGGUCACUGAGAUUGGCAAAAUACUGAACUCUGACUUGGAUGUAGUCUUUUCCUUAAAAAACCUUGAUGAGGAGUCCAGUAAAAAUCACCCAUUCCCAUGCCCAACCACGUACCGAACAGCAUUGUCACAUUAUCUGGAUAUCAGCAAUCCUCCACGCACUAAUGUCCUCUAUGAGCUGGCACAGUAUGCAUCAGACCCCACAGAGCAAGAUUUUCUACGGAAAAUGGCUUCUUCCUCCCCAGAAGGAAAGUCGCAAUACUUAAAGUGGGUGCUUGAAGCUAGAAGAAACAUUCUGGCCAUCCUCGAAGACUUGAAGUCCCUCCGCCCUCCCAUCGAUCAUCUCUGCGAGUUGCUGCCACGGCUACAGGCCCGCUAUUAUUCCAUUGCUUCAUCUUCCAAGGUUCACUCUGAUUCAGUUCACAUCUGUGCAGUUGUAGUAGAGUAUGUAUCUAAAGCAGGUCGCACCAACAGAGGUGUUGCAACAACUUGGCUACGAAACAAGGUGCCAACGGAUAAUGGUCACAAGCCCACUGUCCCAAUGUAUGUAAGGAAAUCUCAGUUCCGGCUGCCCUACAAAUCGAGCACGCCAAUUCUCAUGAUCGGACCUGGCACGGGCAUCGCUCCCUUCGUUGGUUUUAUUCAGGAACGAGCUUGGCUGAAGCAGCAAGGGAAGGAGGUUGGUGAAACUGUGCUGUACUAUGGCUGCCGGUAUAAGAACGAGGAUUACCUUUAUCAGGAGAUGCUGGAGCAGUUCCAGAAGGAUGGUGUCCUCACUCAGCUUAAUGUAGCCUUCUCCAGGGACCAGGGCGAGAAGGUGUAUGUUCAACAUUUGCUGAAGAGAAAUAAAGAGCAUGUGUGGAAUCUGAUCCAGAAGGAGAAUGGGCAUAUUUACAUUUGCGGUGAUGCAAAGAAUAUGGCAAGAGAUGUCCAGAACACAUUUUAUGAAAUUGCCGCUGAACUUGGAAACAUGAUGCAUGAACAGGCUGUUGAUUACGUCAAGAAACUGAUGACAAAGGGCCGUUACUCAUCGGAUGUGUGGAGUUAAAGUGGAAAGAAGGGGCAGUAACCCUUUGCUGCUUUGUGCAUAUGAACAGAAUAUCAGAUGUUCACAGUGGGUGACCUACCAUAAUCAAUGCAAAGAUCAUUAAAUGAAACGAUUAUUUUUUUUUUAAACAAUUUGAAACCUGUGGAGAAAAUCCUUGUGCUUUAUUCAAUACCUUGCUCCAUUAGAAUUGAUCAAUAUUUAACAUUAGAUACUUUCUGUAGCUGUCUUUUAAAAAUUGCUCUGAAUUACAAAUACCCAAAUUCUGGCAAAAUUGUUUUUGAUAGAAAUAAUUUAAAUGGUCAGCUGCCACACACAGUGGAGUUUGAUUCCCAAGGCCAAGUACAGUGUGGGCCUUUCCUCUGUUUAUUUUUUACUUCAAUGUCGCAAAUAAAAUAUGGGAAAAUGUAACAAGUAACAUUGAAAACAGCACCAGGUUUUCUGUAGAGAGGAUCAUUUCACAUACAUUGAAUAGGCCUUUUCAUUUGUGUAGGAAGGAACUGCAGAUGCUGGUUUAAAACAAAGAUGCAAAUAGCUGGAAUAACUCAGCGGGACAGGCAGCAUUUCUGGAGAGAAGGAAUGGGUGAUGUUUAUCCUUCUCCAGAGAUGUUGUCUGGCCCGCUGUUACUCAGGCCUUUUCAUUUACUCAGUUACUAUUGUAUCUCCAUCUGCUCUUUGUGUUUUGAGAGGAAAGUGGGUGCUGGGCAAGGUUCUCAGACUGCAUUAAACCCCAGAGUUUUCUUUGUUCUUUCAAAUUGGUACAGUCUGCAGAUUUUUAUUCAGCACCCUAUAACUAACACAAACGUUACUAAAUUAUGCUGAUUUAUGGUGUGCUUGGAUCGAUGAACAUUAAUCUAGUUCCUAAUCCUUAGACAUGAAAUGUUAUCUCGUGUUAUCCUAACUAUCUUCAUAAGAUUAAAGAUUUGGUUUUUACACUUUAUUAGGAUGUGGUGUCAAUAGGAGCAAGCGCAAUCUCUAAUCCAAUGUUUUACCUGGAAGCCCUCAAUCCAGACAUAAAUUCUGUAACUUAAUAGAAGACGCAAGCUGCGGUUAAUCUCCACUGCAUUGCUGCAGUACAUCAGUAAAAUAUAUUGUCCAGUCAAUACAACAUACCAGAGACUUCCAUGGCUAGCAAGCUCAUAUACUUGCAGUAGAGGAAAUAGAAUGGAAGUGUGAAAAAACUGAAGAGAUGCCACAAGUGAAAUUUGCAGAUACCAUUCUAUGAAAAGCCAUCGCUCAAAGCCUGGCAUCUCUACACAGCACUGACCACCUUGUGAUGUAUUUCCCUCUGUUUUCUGUUGAUACUGUAAAAUCAUCUUUGGCUUAGAAACAUUAAAUCUCUGAAUCCUUGAUCCUUAAAGAAGGGCAAAACGUGGCAAACAUCAGAAAGCAGGUCAAGGUUCCCUUCAUUCACUUUAGUCAUGAGAUUCUUUUUUUUUAAUCUCAGCUGCAGUGAGUAAACUUUAAAAGAUCAUUGUUGCAGCAUGCAUCUAAUGUUGCAUAGAUAAUCAAUUUCUGAUGAUUACCUCAGAGGCAAUAACUAUAAGUUCAGGUUUUAUAAAUACUUUUAAUUGCCAUGAAGAGUAAUUUCAUUUAUAACAUUUGAUUUCUUGAGCUUCAAAGUAAGUUUAUUGUUUCAUUUUCAAAUUGUCUGACAAGGUCGGAAAUCUGCUGUUGGGUCUCCGCCAAUACUUUGUGAGCUGACUGCUGGAGACCUGAGACGUGACCCUGAAUAACAUGUCCUGUUGAUGUUUCAUGUGUUUUUAUUUCCUGUUGCUCUGUAAUUUCUGGCCACCUCGUCCUUUCACUGCCUCUGAGUUCUCAACGUCAACAUCCUUGACCCUCUUCUCAGUCUCCAAUGUUAUAUUGCUGCCUUGGGUCUUUCAGCUCUGCAAUUCUUGAUGUAAUAUUUAAUUCCCUUUUGGGUCUAAUUAGAUUCUCAUAGGAAGUGAUCAUUACUGACUAUGGGGCACUUCUAAAACUAAGGAUGUAAUUGAUUGGUACUCAUUUUUUAACUUGUUGGUAGCUCUUCAUCAGGCAACUAAUGCAAUUAAUUGGAUGUAGAAAGAUUUCUGUGAACACAACAUAUGAGUGACUCUUUGGGUAUUUAUUUGAUGUUCCUGUAAUUUUAUUUGAGAAAUUUAGUACCUGUAUUUACCAUUUUAACUGGUAUUUUGGAGCAAAUUGCCAUUAUUAAAUCUUUAUCUUAAAAUUAUAAACUUUCAGGGGGAAGUAAAUUUUGCAAUUUAAUAGUGCAUCUUUGCACUCGUGGGUCCUUGAACUGAGGAACGCCUGAUUUUUAAACCCUCUAAACUGCUCAUUUUGUCCACACCAAGCACUUUAAAAUUACCUGCGCUGCUAUAAAAAGGAAAACCUCUUGGGCUUGCAUGUACAUUAUGUAACAAUAAUCCGUGACUCAGAAUUUGAAGGGGUGCUUUCUUUUGUAGGUUAGAAUCAUUCACUAACAAUUAAGGUCCAAAUAAGUGCCUUGUACUAACAUUGUGUAUUGUAAGUCAGCCUUUUAAAUGUGGGUUGCUUUAACUAAAAACAAAAUGUUUUUUUGAUAGCCUCAAGGAAUAGGCUCUUUGAAUAGCCUUUCCAUGUGUAGAAGAAUGGAAUAAUUUCUAUUGGUGCUUCAUGCUGGCAAAUCUGUUGAACCUUUUGUAAUGUGUAGUAAGAUUUUGUGGAGAUCAAAUAACUCUCCCAUGGUCUUUUAUGCAGCGUCUAUUUCCAUUGUUCACUCGUGUAUUAGACAUCCUAUACCUAUCCAAUUCCUUGAUUAUUAGCGGAUCUGUCAUCGUACACCAACUUAAACCUGAUGGGCUCGUCUUUGAAUAGUGCCAAACAGCAGUGCUAUUUUAGUUUCCUGCCUAAUGCCAGGCAAGGAAUGCUAAACUCUAGUUUUACUUUAAUGAAGAUAAUGGUCAAUUUUUCAAGAACAUGGAGGAAAAAGGCCAUCAAUGCAAUCUCUUGACUGGUGAUAAAGUAAAUGCGAUACUGAACAAACCAAGAGUGAAGAGUAGACGAGUUCUGUAGUCUCCAUUUGUGUUUUUAAAUAUCACUGGGCAAAGUUUAUUUGAGGCAGCACAUUUCUUAAUUGUUUGGAUUAGAUUUAGUUAACUGAAUGUAUGUCUCGUUGGGCAAGGCCCAAUAAGAGUGGAAUUGGAUGCUUCAUUUGCGGUAUGCUGUGGUGCCUGCGGAAAAACACUCAUUUCAACAAUGCAAAAAAUAGCGCAAGUUGGGCUAGAAAUGGGCAGUUUUCCAGGGUAUCAUCUGUGUUAACCACCUUCAGCAAGCUGGAGCAUGUCCAAACAAACAAACUUUAAGGGACCCAAUCAAAGCAGUCAGUCAAACUACAGCAGUUUGUGAGAAAAUUAUUUCAGAGGGAGGUAACUAAUAAUGAUCAUGAACUGAAUGCAUUGGGAUUAUUACUUUUGGAUGCUGAAUGUCAAAGAUGUAUGAGAAGGGGUGGUGCCUCCUGCUUGCAUACUGGUUGCUUAAGUCUGAAUCAGAAAGGUUGUCAACUUGUGCCAAACGCUUUAAAACAUCUGGGAGGAUUUCCACCCAGAUGUUGUCAACUGUAAAUAGUAAAAACAGAUUGUGACAGGGGCACAAUUAGCAGCACCGGCUGCAAUUGCAGUCUCAGACUCCUGAGAGGAAUAGAAGUGAUUUUUAAAUGCUUUGUCUUGGAAGCAUUUCAAAAACCUCCCUAAUACAACCAUUCCAUCUGAUAUGCACAGCCAGGUGGAUGGGCAUGAUGGCUUUCCCAUCCUCACUACCAUUAGGCAACACGGUGGCACAACGUCAGAGACCCAGGUUCAAUCCUGUCUACAGGUGCUGUCUGUAUGGAGUUUGUACGUUCUCACCGUGACCUCUGUGGGUGUUCUCCUGGAACUCCAGUUUCCUCCCACACUCCAAAGAAGUGCAGGUUUGUAGGUUAAUUGGCUUGGUAAAUUGGCCCUGGUGUGUAGGAUAGUGUUAGUGUGCGGGAGUCACCGGUCAGUGAGCCAAAGGGCCUGUUUCCAUGCUGUAUCUCUAAACUAAACUAUGCAGAAAACAUGGGAACCUGCCCUGCCCUCUUCUGCUUGGUUCUUCCUGAUCUAUUCUUUGGAAAGUAAGAUGAAAUUGCAUAGUAUUAUCAAAUAUGUUUGCCCAUUCAGUGACUACAUCCUUGUGUGCCAGCAGUUAGCAUUUCAUCCAAUCGGCAUAUUUCCAUAAUCCCUUUGUGUAUUGACCUCCAUCUUCAAUCUAGCUGGACCAUUUUCCUCAUCUCCGGGUGGUCCACAUUCGCAUCAGUCUGAGUAGAGUUUCUCCUGAAUUGCUUGUGACUUGCAUUUAUGACAGCUAAUUUUGGACUACCCCUGGGAAGAAAUGCCUAUACUGCAUUUUAAGAAAGAUGCUGAAGAGCUCUAUUGGGUUUCAGAAGCUUCUAGAAAAGAGCCCCCUUGUUUAAUCUUUGAAAGUUUAAAAAAAAUGUCUCCAUUAGUUUGAUCAUGGCCAUUUUAUUGAUUUACACACUACUUUUUUUUACAAUAUGCAGAGCAGAAAUUUACCCAGAGGUUCAGGUACUUGCACCUGAAAUCUAACGAGAUAAAGAACUAACUCCAUCUUAAUUGGUGAAAGGCAUUACAUUGAGUUGACCCAAGUAAGUGCCUAUUAAUAUUACAUUGUUUGGAUCAUCACUUUGUAAUAGGGUUGGGUGAUCUGUACAUACUUUGGUUCAAUUUGGUCCAGACUGUUAUGUACUCAUUUGUAUUGAUUUUCCUUUUUGGUUGGAAACUGGUGAUUAAAUCCACAUCUAAAAUGUAUCUUAAAUUAACAUACUGUAAACAGGAACUUGAAGGAAAAUUUUGAGGAUUCAUUGUACACCUUUUAAGUAACCCCCGGACCUUAGUUCUGAACACCUUAUCACUUUGAGGUUCUGACAUUUGUUUGACUGGAAGGUGUAAAGGGAUGAAUUGGAUCUCUUGAGCAGUCAUCCCAGAUGGACUUGGGUUAGUUUGGCGGUAAGGCUGCUCGCUCAGCAAAGCAAAUGACAUUACUUUUAAAGUAAUGAUAUUAACUUCUCGGACUAUCAAUAUAUUAAUUUUCAUGCUGGAGAAUGCAACUGGUACUUGCCUUUUCUGCAAAUGCCACAGGCAGAUGGACCCUAACUGCAUUUAUUUCCUUGUGAAAGGCCAUGGUUAUUUGCUCAGUUGAUUUACAUGCUGUAGAACCUCAAGCUGCCCACUUGACUGACUUGGUCUGAAAGGGUUUGUGCCAGGGCAUUGCUGAUUCCCCCUGAAUGACUCGUAACCUGUGGGAAGCUCUAAGAAAGCUAACAAUGGUCUUUGGGGAAGCUCCAGUUUGUAUCUGUGGCCGUCAAAUUUCUAAACGCAUUAAAUUGUGAGUGACUUUCCUGUUACUGGAGAACUGCCUGUCAUGGUGAGCCAAUUAAGGUAUAUGUUAGCGUCCAUGCUGUGUUGUCCAAGUGGACCUGUUUGUAAUGUAGAAUUUUAGACACACGUUUGUCCUUGAACUAAUUAACCAUCUUGUACAUCAAUUAGAAAUUCUAUUCAAAUUAACAAUAUGUAUUAAUGUAAAGCCUUAGUGUUCCAUUACUAAUGAAUUUAUUUUUUUCCAGACAGUAAGGCAAGCACAGCAUCAGUUUUUAAAUAUCUAAUCUCUCUUGACUGGAUAUAAGAUCAUUAUCUUCAUCUAACUCUCACUUGCUCUGGUUCCUAAUGGUUCCGUCAUGUUUUAUUUUGUGUGGACCUGUUAUCAUGUAAUUUGUCUUCAAAAUGAUUAAACAGUUUAUAAAAAUC